ACCAUGGAGUGUGUGGGGCGGUGGUCGGUUUUGGUCCUGGGAUUAUUGUAUUCCGGUUCUUAUGUGUCUGGAUUUUAUUACGGGAGAGAUGCCUCGGUUACCGUGGCAACCGCCAUAACACAAUGCCAGUCUUUGGGACUCAGGCUAGCCGUACUGGAGACCAGGGCGGAAUACGACUCGGCCAAAGCCUUCCUAAACACCUACAAUUCUCUGUGGGGAAAAUCAAAAAGCGUAUGGAUAGGACUACAAAGGGAUGCAACUCCGACUGUCUUCAAAUGGAUUGACGGUUCUGCGUUAACGUGGGCGCCGCUGUAUGCCGACCCGUGGAAGGAUGGCGGCACCCCCUCCACCGACGUAACUAAGGCCUGUAUAAAAAUGGAGUGGGGGUCCAGUCUUCCCUGGAAGGACCAUGAAUGUGCAGCUACUGAAGAUUUCCUUUGCGAAGGUUUCCUCUUGACCCCAUCCUCUCAAUUGAGCUGGUCAGGUGCAAAAAGUUCUUGUGAAUCUAUGGGCAUGAAGUUAGCAUCGCUGAAAACUACUGAAAUUAACGAAGCUGCCAUCAAAUACAUCAAUGUGAGAUAUAACAUAGCCGGAAUGUCGCCGGCUGAUCUUUGGCAUGGUUUUUACAAGACCACGAGCAGUGUGUUUACAUUCGAGGACGGCACGUCCUGUACUUCCGGUGUAUACGGUUCUGUACAUAAUGCGUAUCCCUGGCACCCCGGCGAGCCAGAUUCCUCCAGCCCAUGCAUCCGAUUAAAGUAUAUGGGCUCUCAGCAAUUUGUAUGGGCAGAUUAUGGCUGCUCAAGCACUUUCAGAUUCCUGUGCCAAGACCAAUUCACCACUAUUCCUACCACCACCACCACGCCUACUACUACCAGCACCACGACUACCACACCCGCCACAACCACCACUACUGAACUGGCGACUACCACCAAACCAUGGUGGUUCGUGGAGUACAGCGAGGACGGAAAAGCUAUUGGAGCCAACGGACUGACCUUUGACAAGUCGUCGCCCCCCGCCAGGUUUGGGGUUAUCGGGCUGGCCAUUGGUUUCUCCGUCUUCUCCAUGCUUACCGUGGGAGUUUGCGCCGUCUGGUUCUGCUGCCUCAGAAGUAAGGACGACUACCGCCACCAAGAGGAGGAAGUAGAGGAAAAACCCAAAAAGGUCUCCCCUAUGGACCGGAAGCCACACGGUCUGCAAUAUAUAGCGUAAACCGACCCGGUCACUCCUACAACGGAACCCGCGUAUAAUGGAAUAUCUAAUAUUAGUGAAAUGCGGCGACCGAUGAAAACUGUCUGGACAUUAUUUGAGCUUGUAGAAAUUUUAAACCACACCUUGUAGAUUCAUUUUAUUAGUUGAUUGAAAGCAUUGCAGUGUAUACUAUCUACCUGAAAUCAACAUUUAAACUGCUAAUAUAUAUAUAUAUAUA